AACUGAAUAAGAGAAGUAGCUCUUCCUUCCUCUCAUUUUUAUUUAACCCCUUCCUUCCUCCCACCGUCUCUCACACUCUUCUUCCUCAACAUCCCCUCCUCCCGAUCUCCGAUUUCGUCAUCGGAGCGAUGGAGAUCUUCUACUUCCUCGUCUUCGGAGGCCUGGCCUCCAUCGUCGCCGUGCUCGAAUUCAGCAAAAGCAGCAAAGAUCGCGUCAACACUUCCACUCCUUUCAAUUCCUUCAAGAACAACUACCUUGUCGUCUACUCUCUCAUGAUGGCUGGAGAUUGGUUGCAGGGUCCGUAUGUCUACUACUUGUACAGUCAGUAUGGUUAUUCGAAGGGAGAUAUCGGCCAGCUCUUCAUUGCUGGUUUUGGAUCCUCCAUGCUUUUCGGGACCAUUGUUGGCUCUCUUGCAGACAAACAGGGCCGCAAGAGGGCGUGUGUCACUUACUGCAUCACAUACAUCUUGAGUUGCAUCACCAAGCAUUCUCCUCAGUACAAGGUUUUAAUGCUUGGUCGUAUACUGGGAGGCAUUGCUACUUCUCUGCUUUUCUCAGCCUUCGAGUCUUGGCUUGUUGCUGAACACUUUAAGAGAGGCUUUGAUCAACAGUGGCUCUCUGUUACAUUCUCCAAGGCCAUAUUUCUUGGCAAUGGUUUAGUUGCUAUUAUAUCUGGAUUGUUUGGAAAUGUACUAGUCGAUACCCUGGCACUUGGGCCUGUUGCUCCAUUUGAUGCUGCUGCAUGCUUUCUCGCAAUUGGUAUGGCUGUUAUCAUGUCUUCGUGGCCAGAAAAUUAUGGAGACCCUUCAGAAAACAAGGAUUUAAUGUCACAAUUUAAAGCUGCUGCUGUAGCCAUUGCUUCCGAUGAGAAGAUUGCAUUGUUGGGCGCUAUCCAAUCCCUAUUUGAAGGUUCAAUGUACACCUUUGUUUUCUUGUGGACUCCUGCUCUGAGCCCGAGCGGUGAGGAAAUUCCUCAUGGUUUCAUUUUCGCAACGUUCAUGCUCGCUUCAAUGUUGGGAAGUUCCAUUGCCUCCCGCCUGCUUGCUCGUUCGUCCCCAAAAGUUGAGAGUUACAUGCAGAUAGUGUUCUUAAUCUCUGCAGCUGCCCUUAUGCUUCCUGUGAUAACAAGUUUCUUGGUGGCACCUUCUGGAGUUAAGGGUGGAGGAAUCUCCUUUUCUGGGUGCAUCCAGCUUAUGGGAUUCUGUGCAUUUGAGGCCUGUGUCGGAUUAUUCUGGCCCUCAAUCAUGAAAAUGAGAUCCCAAUACAUCCCAGAGGAGGCUAGGAGCACCAUCAUGAAUUUCUUCCGAAUUCCUCUCAACAUUUUCGUUUGUGUUGUGCUGUACAAUGUUAAUGCAUUCCCGAUCAUUGUCAUGUUUGGCAUGUGCUCUAUUUUCCUCUUUGUGGCUUCUCUUCUUCAACGUAGGCUGAUGUUUAUUGCCGAGCUGCAAAAACCAAGUAAGCUUAUAGAUUGGUUUACUUCCGCUUCUCUAUCUUCUUGGGGGUUAAUCACAAGAUUGGACAACAAUGAGAGAGUUGGGUACAGAGGAAGAGCCUUUAAACGCUUGAUUGGAUACGUGGAAUGCUACACCACUGUUCCCCCCUCCCUUCUAAUUAAAUUUGAGAAACCCCUCCCAAGUUUCCACAGACAGGCAAGAUCAAGCAAGAUGGCCAAUCUGAGAAGUCCCAUGUUCAUGGUUCUCUGUGCUUUCCAGCUUCUUGCCUUGCUUCAAUCCCAAGUCUCCUGUUACACAUUCAAGGUCGGAGAUUUAUCCUCUUGGGGCAUUCCUUCUGAGACAAACCCCAAAAUCUACUCUUAUUGGUCCAAAUACCACUCCGUAAGGAUUGGAGAUUCCCUCUUGUUCUUGUACCCACCAAGCCAAGACUCAGUGAUCCAAGUCACCCCACAAAAUUUCGACUCCUGCAACCUGAAAGAUCCAAUCUUGCACAUGAACAACGGCAACUCUUUGUUCAACAUCACCGAGGAGGGAGACUUCUACUUCACGAGCGGGGAGGCAGGGCACUGUGAGAAGAGGCAGAAGCUUCACAUAAAAGUUGGCAAUGGUACUUCUUCUGCUUAUGCUCCUAAUUCCGGUCCCGGCGGUGCCUUGGCUGACACUGCUCCCUCUUCGCCAAUCGCAUUCGGCUCGAUCCCAGUCGCUCUUGAUGCAUUCGAAGAAAAGCGGGCAGUGGGCACGAACCCAGUGGCCUAA